AUGGUGAAAACAAAGACUAAAAACCAGAAAAAGGCACGUACCUCCGCCAACCAUGUGGCCGAGGAGACGUACGGCGCAGUCCCGCACACCUUCGUGUUUAACCGAGGACAGAUUGGCAAAAACGUGGGCCAGCUCAUCGUUGAUUUUCGAAAAGUCAUGCAGCCGUACACAGCAGAAAGCUUAAAGGUUAGAAAAAAGAAUGUUCUCAAAGACUUUGUGUCCAUAGCUGGACCACUCGGAGUCACUCAUUUUGUUAUGUUUAGUAAGACGCCGACUUCAGUUAACAUGAGGGUUGCUCGUCUUCCUAAAGGCCCAACGCUUCACUUCAAAAUAGUCGAGUACUCUUUGGUGAAGGACGUGGUGUCUGCUCUAAAGAAACACCGGAUGCACGAGCAGCAGUUCACACAUCAUCCACUCCUUAUCCUUAAUAACUUUGGGUCCAGUGGGAUGCACAUCAAGCUAAUGGCUACCAUGUUUCAAAACAUGUUCCCCUCCAUAAACGUGCAUAAGGUUAAUCUCAACAAUAUCAAGAGGUGUGUGCUGCUAAAUUACAAGCCAGAGUCUGAAGAAAUUGAAUUCCGGCAUUAUAGCCUCAAGGUGGUUCCUGUGGGAAUGAGUCGUGGAGUGAAGAAGUUGAUGCAGGAACGGUUUCCCAACAUGAACAAGCUUGAGGACAUCAGUGAGCUCUUGAUUAAGGGUGCAAACCUCUCGGAAAGCGAAGCAGAGCAAGAUGGUGACCACAACAUUACAGAGCUUCCCCAAGCCUAUUCGGGCCGAGGAAAUAUGGCAUCUCAACAAAGUGCUGUUCGCUUAACUGAGAUUGGCCCUCGGAUGACUCUGAAACUCUCAAAGAUCGAAGAAGGCAUGGGGGGUGGAAAUAUCCUGUAUCAUUCUGUCAUUACUAAGACAGAAGAGGAAAUCAAAGAAAUCUUGAAGAGAAAAGAGGUGCAGCUGAAGGCAAAACAAGAAAGACGGAAGAAUCAAGAACAGAAUGUGGCAUUGAAGAAAGAACAAAAAGAGAAGAACAAGUUAAAGAGCCUUGAAGGUAUAAAAAGGAAACGUGCUGAGGAUGACAGUGAAGUGGAAGAUCCUGGAGUGCAGGACGACAGGGUUCGUGUGGAUUCUGACGAUGAGGUGGAAUACUACAGACAGGCUGUGGGGCAGGAACCAGAUGAAGAUAUGUUCCCUGGGGCCAAGAGAAGGCGAAUGAGAGACAAGUCAAAUGAAUCUGCCAACAAGGGGAAACAGUUUCCUGGGAAGCCUCCAUACAAGGACAAACAUGGCAAAUCACCUAAAAGAAAUGGCCCAGGAGCCGAUCGAACAGUCAAGACUGGGAACCCACAAAAACCAUGGAAGAAAUUUGGUGAUUCGGAUAAGCGUUUCUCAAAGCAGGGUAAACCAGGAGACAGGACUUUCACCAAGAAAAGGCCUGGUGGUCCGGAAAGGUUCGGCAAAAAUAAAUUCAAUUCAGAUAAAACUUAUUCCAAGAAAAACAAGGACGGCAAAUUCAAACCUAAAGGACAAGGAGGAAAACCAGCCUUUGAAAAACCUGCAGGGGGAAAGAAAGGCUUCAAACAGAGGAAACAAAAUGGCUAA